UAAUGAAAAAGUGCAGUCUAGCUUUAUAAACAUCAUUGCUUUUUGAUGAAUAAGAAGGUUUAUAAUUAAUUGAUUUUAGACUUCUAAGCUCAUGAUGGUGAUGGUCUAGGUCCAUGGUUUAAAAUGAAAGAAAAAAAAUAAUUGGCUGCACCUUUAUAGCCUAUACGAAUUCCUUAAAUUAGAAUAAAAAGCUAAUAAUAACAAAAACGAGUCCUCUAAAUAAAAACAGAGAGAUAUAAUACUGAAAGAGCAAUGCAUGUGAAUGAGGAUCCUAUUCGGAUAAAUAACUUAAAAUAAAAUUAAGAAUACACUGAUUCUUCUUCACCAGUAGAAUAAAUCAUUAAGAAACACUUUUCUAAUAAAUAGUCUGUAUUUUUUCCAAAAAGCUAACAGAGUUCAUUUGUAUAAAAGUCGGAUAGAUCAAAUAGAUAAAUAAGAGUGAAGAAACUUAAAAUUUGUAAUUCUGAUAUUCCGUUGAUCAACUAAUAUAAUUAUUUUUCAAGAUUAUUGUGAAA